AUGAAUCCCUUAAAAAAGAUGAAAUUAUCAAAUACAACUGAAGAGCAAAUUAACGAGUUUGAGAAAGAGAUUAUAAUGCUAGAUAAAUUCAGAAAUGAGUACAUUAUCCACUUUUAUGGUGCUGUGUUCAUUCCAAACAAAGUGUGUAUGGUGACUGAAUUUGCACCAUUUGGUUCAGAGGUUUGUAUUAAACUUAGAAUAAAAAUAAUGUUGGAUGCAGCAAAUAAGAUAAGUUAUUUACACUCAAAUGGGAUAUUACACACAGAAAUCAAGCCAGACAACAUAUUAGUUGCCAGAAAUGUGAAUUUGUUGAUGACUAACAUAACAUUCACAAAGGGUAUUGGAACACCAGUGUACAUGGCAACUGAAGUACUUUUGAAACAGAAAUAUACUAAAAGUGCAGACAUAGUCUCAUUUGCAAUAACAAUAUACGAGUGCUUUAAAUGGGGAGAAGCGUAUCCGAUCAAUGAAUUCAAGUUUCCAUGGAAGAUAGCCGAGUUUGUCAUGGAAGGAAAAAGACUGAACAAUAGUAGAGUAAUACCAAAAGGUAUUUACAACAUCAUUCAACUUUCGUGUAAACAAAAUCCAAAAAAAGAAUUGAUAUCAACCAGAUUAUUAACAACAUGCAAAGUGUUUCUAAUACACCAAAAUGAAUUGUUUUAUUGGUUUUAUAUAGAUAAUUACUAA